CAACGCUUGGAGAUCACAGACAAAAGGUGGCAUGUGAAUAUUUUCAAGGAAAAGGUUGGCCUUUCCUUUUGUGAUCAGGUGAUUCAAAGGGCAUAUGGCACAUACUUCCUGGUGUGGGAAUGAGUUUCUGAUUGGAUGGGACAAGAAAAGGGGCAGGAGGAUUGUUUGGGGAGAGAAUCAAACCGGUCUGGCAAGUUUUACUUUCUCCUUAACACAAACACAUGCGUGCACCAUCUGCCCUGCUUGAUUUCUGCUCUCUGACACACAAAAGACAUUGCUGACUGAAUUCUGACUCUGUCCUACCUGACUCAAACUUUAGAAUUAAAGAGGAAACCAUUGCUGUUGAGUUUACUGAAGCAACCACAGACAUAAUCCUGGAUCAUGUAGAGACAUGCUGUAUCCUGUCCCUGGAAUCUGUAUCCAAUGCAUUAAUGUGGAAGAAUACUAGCAAUAAGUCCAUCAUCUGCGUUUGAGCAAACCAGUGCAGAAAAAAGAAAACCAAAAAAAACAGCUGAAGUUUUUCAAGGAUGUCAACUGACGCUGUACAGCCCUCUCCACGGAGAAUAAUAAGGCUGGCUGUAACUCCUGGCACACAAAGUCGCAAUCCAGAGUUGAGUUGUCCAGUCAAAUCAUCUCAAGGGAUACGCAAACCAAGUGCGGUGGAACGCUUGGAAGCCGACAAGGCCAAGUACGUCAAGAGUCAACAGGUGGCUUUGAAAAAGCAGCAGCCAAUCACUUGUUCCUCCAACAACAGCCAGAGUGGACAAGGUGCUCAACAGCCAUCGAGGAAGAUCCCUGCAAAACCCACUACGUCUGAAACGGCACCCCUUAACCUGGAACAUCUUUGCAAACUAAUCGAUGGAGUUCGCGAUACCACCGUUCCAGUCGUUUCCACAAAAGCCAGCAGCACUGAGAAAGCUCAAGAUGCUACAGACCCAUGCAAGGCCAUCUCUGCAACACCAAGUCUGUUGGAAGAACCUUCUGUUGGGUCAAUUUCAAGUCAAGGAAAAGCUGCAGUAGAAGCCUCAGGGGUAAAUGGAUGUCCUACCAUGACGGUGCGGCGAGUCGAUGUCAGACCGCAGUUACCUCAAAUGAGGAUGGCCUGUAGACCACAACUACAGAACCGCUCACAGGUCCAACUGGGCAUGCCGCAGGUCCCAAUAAAACUGCUGCGCUUGCUUAGACCCUACACACAGCCAAAUCAGCAACCAAUUGAUUUCAAGAGGCUCCACAAUGUCACAAACGUCACCCGAGGACCUAUUAAACCACCAAACAGUGCUGCACAAACCUCACCUUCUUCUAAAUCCCCAUCUAGCCCUCUCCCCAUAAAACCAAACACAGAACCAUUAUCACAUACCUCUCCGACUCCACUUACUCCAACCUCCGUUGCUUCGUCCCUAGCCAAAAAUGACUUUCAGUCCCCACCAUCUCCAGCCAUCACUCGUCAGUCCUCGACAAGCUCCAAGAAGCGUCCUUCACUGACUCGCUCAAAAUCUGAUGUCAGCGACUGCUUUUCACGAGCCGGGGUAGAGCUUGAGCGCUUCUUUAACUAUUGUGGCCUUGACCCAUCAGAUUUAGAGGAGCUAGCAAGUCCGGGUUCUGACAUUGUGUCCGUUUCACGUCUUCGUAGCGCCAGUGCCCCAGCAUCUGAGCGUACAGCUGAAGGUGAAGAUGAAGAAGAAGAAGUAGCAAAAGAUGAACGUCCUGUUUAUGGCGUUUCCGUCAUUGAGAGAAAUGCUCGAGUGAUCAAGUGGCUUUAUGGGAUGCGCCAGGCCAAAGAGAGUCCCAAAGUGGCCAAUAUGUAACAGACAACAAGGGACUAACAACCACAAUUUAGACUGAAAUCAAAUGCAAUAUGUGCUGUUCAAAGUGCUUACCAUGCUUUUCCCAUUCAGUAUUUUGUCUGUUAUCCCUAUACUUUAGAGUUGUCUAGUUGAAUCUACUGUGUCUGUUACCCCUUUUUCACCAACAUGAACCAGGUGCUAGUUCAGAGCCAGUGCUAUUGUCGGUUCGGUGUUGGUUCGACUGACGAGCCUUCGAACCAGUUUGCCUUUUCAAGAGCUAGAGAGCCACCACAGAGCCAGGUCUUACGUCACUGUAUACGUCUCAUCUUUCACAGCAACUCUAGUGUGGCAGCGGCAAAAACAAACACACCAGGCUUGUUCGAGAUGCAUCCGUGCCACACAGACCCAUCGGUGCACGACACAAAGCACCGCGAGAGCAAUCCAAAGGCACAAGGAGUCGUAUGCUCUACAAACGUUCCUGCGGCACUCUGAUAUCACAUGCCGAUUGGUCUGCACAGCUCCGAUGCAUCUCGAACAAGCCUUCCAUCAACAAUGGCGGACAUUGUGUUACUAUUGAUGCUCAUGGCUUUGCAAACCUAUAUUGGAAUCCAAACAUGGCGAAUCCAACACGUUCGUGCAGCUCACCGUAAUUUGUAUAGACGGAGAUUACAGUCGAGCUGCUAUUAGCUCGAUUAGCUGCUAUUUCAAAAAUGGUGGUCACAAGUUUCUUGUUGGUCACAGUAACCCCGCCCCCAGCCCCUGACGCAAGCAGUGCUACUUACGAACCACUUUUCCUGGUUCAGAGCUGGUGCUUUGGGUGUGGAAAGACAAAGAACUGAUUUGAAACUAGACUCUGGCUCUGAACAAGCACUCAAACUGUCUUGGUGGAAAGGAGUAUGUGUGUCAUUUAUAUUGGCUUAAGCUUUGUGGUCAUUAGAAUGACUGUAGCCACCUGUGUUCUUAAACAAUGACUUCAAUGAUUUCAUGGUCAUGGUGAACGCCAAUAAACCUUUAAACACAAUGCGUUUUUUGCAUUGCUGUCUUUUUCAACAAUAAGCUGUACUUGACAGGCUGAAUCAAAUGAUGGCAAGGUUUUUGGUAGAGAUAACCAAAACUGAUGCAUGCAAAGUUAUUUGUGUCACUGUCAUCCAAAAAAUAUUUUCAAUGUGGACCAUUGCUUAUUUUAAUAUUGUUUGUUUUGUGUCAUGUGAUGAUAAAAAUGUGAAUAUUUUUAUUGUUUUUAUUGUGUUAAAACUCAUUUGUUUACUCAGUCACCUCAGAUCUUUAUUAUAAGAUAGGAGGAAAACUUUGAUAGAUUUGGUACACGAAAUGCAAUGGUACACAACAUUAAAAAUAUGGAAUCCUGCGCAGGUGAGCAGAUUUAAUCUGCUAAGAAGUUUGUCAUCAAAUGGCAGUCCAAAAGCCAGUGUCAUAUUGUACUGACAAAUAGACUGUUUUAGCAAACUUAUCUUAAAGAAUGAAAUCUGCAUGACUAAAAGGAAUAAAAACAAAUUUACCCCGA